AUGGCCCCGGUGGCUGUUCGCUCCUGGGACUUGGGGUUGAUCUCGCUAUUUCGCCAUUGGUCCGGCUCGAUCCGCGCCAUGGGCCAAAAGCAGGAUGGCUGCGACGCAGACAUUCAGUGUGUUGACUUGUUGCAUGAGAAGAGGGUUGGCAAAGCAAUCAAUGCCCAGUUGAUCUUUGCCUGUGCGGUUUUUGGCGCCGCCUCAUUUUUGUUCGGGUUUGACGACAAAAUCAUUUCACCGGUGGCGGCAUUGGUUCCUUUUGUGGAGAAAUUCCAAGGCCUUAACCCAGUGACUGGGAAGUAUGUUCUCACGGCGCGCAAUCAAUCUCUCGUCUUCUCUCUUCCGUUGGUAGGCUCCGUGAUCGGAGCUCUGCUGGCAUCACCGUUGAACUUCCACUUUGGUCGCAAGUGGCCUUUACUUGCUGCAUUUAUUAUAUCUGUGGGUGGUGGACUGCUUCAGGUCUUUGCCCCGAACCUGGGGGCUUUUGUGGGUGGUCGUUCGAUCAAUUCAGUUGCAUUGGGAAUGAUCAAUGCGACUGCUCCUCUGUAUAUCGCCGAGGUUGUUCCAGCCUCAAUACGAGGAAGAUGUGUCAGUUCGACAAAUAUCCUGAACUUGACAGCCGGCGUCGUAGGGACGGUGGUGGUCUUCAGAACAGAUAAGAUCGAUGGGCUCUUGGCCUACCAGAUCCCACUCGCUGUGCAGUGUGCCUUGCCUGUCGUGCUAUUCAUCUUGACAAUACCUCUUCCAGAAAGCCCUCAAUGGCUGGUUGGCAAGGGCAAAACCGAACAAGCACGAUGCAACUUGCGGAAACUGCGCGGCUUCAGCGAUGAAGAAGUAGACAACGAACUUUGUCUCAUGGAGCUGAGUGAACAGAAUGAACGAGACCUUCAAUCUCACACCAAGUUCUGGCACAUAUUCCACCGAGAACAUCUCAAACGAACCCUAACCGCGGGCUCGUUUUUCUCUCUCAAUCAAAUCUCCGGCAUCAUCCUCUCAACAACAUACGCGACAUUAUUCCUCAAAGAGCUGGGAGUCGGAAACACCUUCACUCUAACAAUUGUCUCAUCCUGUUGUUUAUUGGCUGGAACCAUCACCGCCCCCUUCGUUAUCGACCGAGCAGGUAGACGUCCAACAGCCUUCGUCGGGAUGAGCAUCCUCUUCGUGAUCGACAUAGUGGCAGGUGGUCUAGCCUUUGUCAAAGACAACAAGAAAGCCACCAUGACGAUUGCCGUGUUGUCUUUUGUAUUCAAUUUCUUCUGGGCUUGUUCGUUCUUCUCCUUGUCAAACGUCAUGCCAUCGGAAAUGGCAACCCCUAAACUCCGACACCAUACCAUGUCCUAUACAGUUGCAUGUGCCCAGACAACAGCUGUCAUUACAACGCUUGUCGUCCCGCAGUUGACUACUGCCGAUGCCGCUAAUCUCGGCGCAAAGACCUAUCUGAUCUUUGCGGGUUGUAUGGCUGGCAUCCUUGUCUUCUUCUAUUUCCUGAUGCCGGAAACUCGGGGUCGAACUUUUGCUGAAAUAGAUGAGAUGUAUUUGGCCAAGAUUCCUAUGUGGAAGUGGAGGUCGUAUAAAUCAUCCUUUGAGGUGAGGCCUCGCACGUUGAAGAAUCCUUGA